CGUAACUCGACGUAUCUGCGGCGACCUGAGCACAUAAAACCUGAGAAGAACCACUGAACAAGCCGAGCUCGCUCACACAUGCUGAUACUGAUGUUCUAGAUUUCUUUGCGUGAGGUUACUUGCAGAUUUAUUCUACGACUCACAGCGACCGUUCGAAGACGAGUGUACGUUCGAAUAGCUCUACCUCGAUUCUUUUCUUUGGGGGUGGACAACCCAGCAAAUGCAGCUCAAAGCUCCUUUUCCCUGCAAAUGUCACACCGCAUCGCCGGCAUGGAUAUGUUACGCCGAGAUGUAUGUCUUGGAUGUGUUUGACAAGGGCGCAUUUCUCCAUGUGUUGUGCGCAGCCAUCCCACCAGCAUGUCAGGGUGGCAUCUUCAGCCCCCCGGCACCCGUGGACGCUACAGAGAUGCAAGGAUAGCGCGUCACCUUUGAGGACGUCGCGGCAGCGUACUCCGUCACCUCUGUCCCACAGGCAGAUGAUUUUGUCCUUCAACAAGGUUGGUGGAGAUGGUGCCUUUUGAAUAGAUGAGUGACGUUGAU